GGGAGUUGAGGGAGGGAUAUUUCUUGGUGUAUUGAAUGAGAAAGAGACGGAGGUUUGUGUAUGUGUUCGUUCACUGCUCAUAUCAUCAACUUCUUAGAGAGAGAGAGAGAGAGAGGGAGACUGGUUUUUAGAGAGAGAAAAGGAGGAGGGGAGAGGGGGUGUUUGUGUGAAGGAGGUGGUCUGAUCUUUCCUUUUCGCGUUGAAUUUCUCACACAGCUUUUUUAGUCUUACAUAUUGAAAAACUGACCUUAUAAUACAUAGGGGAGGAAAGAAAACCAUUAGCAGAGGAUAGAUUAGAGAGAUCCUAUAUAGAAACUCAAAACCAACACCACAAUCUGAUUCUACACCAUCAAGAUUCUCUCAAGUGUUUUUGUUUGGGUUCAGAUUUCAAUUUCCUGCCUUUGGAGUUAGGAGGGUCUGCUUCUUUUACCUCAAAAGCAUUGUUCGUCCAUUGAAGUUUGGAUUUUUGAGUGUUCCCGAGCAAUUUUCAAGAUUCCCAGUUGCUUGUAAUUACGGGAAAUUCUGGGCUUUCUCUGGAUUCGUCUGCCCUUGAAAUUUGAAAUCAAUCAUUGAUUCUGAGGAAGAAGGGGAAUAUGAGAGCAGGAUUGAGUACUAUUCAGCAGACUCUAACACCGGAGGCUGCCAGCGUUUUGAACCAGUCCAUAGCGGAGGCAAGUCGCCGGAACCACGGCCAAACAACGCCGCUACACGUGGCGGCGACGCUGUUGGCGUCGCCGUCGGGAUUCUUGAGGCAGGCUUGUAUCCGCUCCCACCCCAAUUCCAGCGGCCGGCUCGGGGGGGGACCAGGGAGGGAGCCGCCGAUCUCAAAUGCCCUCAUGGCAGCCCUCAAGCGGGCUCAAGCCCAUCAACGGCGCGGCUGCCCUGAACAGCAACAGCAACCGCUGCUCGCCGUAAAAGUGGAGCUUGAGCAGCUGAUUAUUUCCAUCCUCGACGAUCCUAGCGUCAGCCGCGUGAUGAGGGAAGCCAGCUUUUCUAGCCCAGCUGUAAAAGCCACCAUCGAGCAGUCGUUGAAUAACUCCAACACACAUGCCCAUCAGCAGCAUCAUAUUGCCGGUGGGAAUGUGAGUUUUGGAGCGAAUUUCGGAGGAAUUGGGCCAAGAAUGCUCUCUACUCCAGGCCAAUUAACAACGCCGCUGGCACAGAAUCCGUCUCCGAUUAUCCCAUCAGCCAAUCGAAAUGCGUAUUUAAAUCCGCGGUUGCAGCAGGGGGCUGCAGCCCAGAUUGGUAAUCAGAAGGGUGAGGAAGUGAAGAAGUUAUUGGAGAUAAUGGUGAGAAGCAAGAAAAGGAACCCUGUUUUGGUAGGUGAUUCAGAGCCUGAGGCUCUGGUGAAGGAAUUCUUCAGGAAGGUAGAGAACAAGGAAUUGGGAAAUGAUGGAAUUUUCAAGAAUGUUCAAGUUUUAACUUUGGAGAAGGGACUUUUAUCAGAUAAGAAUCAGAUAGCGGCGAAAAUUAUGGAAUUAGGGGGCGCAAUUGAGAGUAGGAUUAGGAGUGGAGGGGUGAUUCUUGAUUUGGGUGAUUUGAAGUGGCUGGGGGGGGGGGCCGUGCAGCAGCAACAGAAGCAGCCGGUGGUUUCAGAGAACGGGAGGGCGGCGGUGGUGGAAAUGACGAGGUUAUUGGCAAGAUUCGGUGGCGGAGACGGUACUAAUGAGAGCAGUAAUAAACUUUGGUUUAUUGGGACUGCAACUUGCGAGACUUACUUGAGGUGCCAGGUUUAUCAUUCCACCAUGGAAAAUGAUUGGGAUCUGCAGGCUGUGCCUAUUGCUUCGAGAUCGCCUCUUCCGGGGAUGUUCCCAAGGCUUGGAAAUGAAAGAAUUUUGAGCAGUCCAGCGGAGUCUUUGAAUCCCUCGAGGGCUGUUCCAGCUCCACUGCCUUCUUUGACAAGGCGUGUAUCAGAAAACUUAGAUCCUGCUCAAAGAUCGACCUUCUGCCCUCAAUGUUCAGGGAAUUACGAGAAAGAGCUGGCAAAACUCGCGGCCAUUGAGAAGUCAUUUUCUGCAGCUAAACAAGAAACAACUCGACCUUCUCUGCCACAGUGGUUGCAGAAUGCCAAACUGAAUGGCGCUGAUGCUAAGACGACAGAUGAAACACAGGGGAAGGAUCAAGGAAUGCUUUCCAAGCAGAAGACUCAGGAGUUGCAGAAGAAAUGGAGAGAUACGUGCUUGCAUCUUCACCCUAACUUUCAUCAGACUGCUCGAUCUGAUAGAACUGGUCUGCCGGCUCUGUCUAUGAUGAGUUUGUAUAACCCAAACUUGCUCUCACGUCCGCCGUUCCAGCCUAAGUUGCAGACGAGCAAACCACUUGGAGAAGCUUUACAAUUGAACACGAAUCAAGUUACAAGCCAACUGGCAGACCGUGCCAAUAGCCCUCCCGCGAGCCCUGUGAGGACGGAUCUGGUCCUUGGCCGGAAAGGACCAGAUAGCAUCCCUGAGAAAGCAACAGGCGAUCAGGCUAAAGACUUCCUUGGUUGUAUCUCUUCGGAACCACACUCUAAGUUGCUUGAUAAAUUUUCUAAUGCUUUGGAUGCUGAUACAUACAAGAAACUCCUCAAGGGCCUCAUGGAAAAAGCAUGGUGGCAGGCAGAAGCAGCCUCAGCAGUGGCUUCAGCCAUUACACAAUGCAGACUGGGCAACGGAAAGCGCCGUGGUGCUGGAUCAAGGGGCGACAUAUGGUUAUUAUUCACGGGGCCAGAUAGAAUUGGGAAGAAGAAGAUGGCAUCAGUGCUAGCUGAGCAGAUAUGUGGGACUAGUCCAAUAAUGAUAUGUCUCGGGAGACGAAGGGAUGAUGAGGAAUCAGAUACAAAUUUCCGUGGUAAGACAGCACUCGAUCGUAUUGCAGAGGCAGUCCGAAGAAAUCCAUUUUCGGUCAUUAUGCUCGAGGACAUUGAUGAAGCGGAUAUGCUGGUGCGUGGGAACAUAAAACGAGCAAUCGAGAGAGGCAGGUUUACCGAUUCUCAUGGUCGUGAAGUCGGUCUUGGUAAUGCCAUAUUCGUUGUUACUGGAGAUUGGUCUACAACUAAUCCUGAAGCUUUAAGAGACGGUCACUUCGUGGAUGAGAACAAGCUCGCUUCUAUAGCAGGCGGCAGUUGGCAAUUGGGACUAAUAGUAAGAGAAAAAAGCGCCAAACGACGAGCACACUGGUUGCACGACAAAGAUAGGUCCUUGAAGCCAAGAAAGGAAAUCGGGUCCGGCCUCUCUUUGGACCUCAAUCUUGCAGCAACCUACGCAGAGGAUGAUAAAACAGAUGGAUCUCACAAUUCAAGUGACCUCACCAUAGACCAUGAGGAUGAACUUGGCCAUGUGAACCGACAUUUCUCCAUUGCAUCGGUGCCUCAUGAGCUGGUCAGCAAUGUCGACGAUUCGAUACUAUUCAAGCCCGUCGAGUCUGCCUUCGUUCGACGCGAGAUCAAGAAAACGAUAGCCGUGAAAUUCUCCAUGGCCGUAGACGAAAAUUUGACGAUAGAAGUAGAAGAUGAUGUCCUAGACAAGAUCUUAGGAGGGCUAUGGCACGACCGGACGAGUCUAGAAGAAUGGAUAGAAAGCGUUCUCACCCCAAGUUUCGAUCAGCUAAAGACACAACUCCCGACUGGUGACCGGAGCACCUCAGUGGUUCGUCUAGUGGUAGAGUCGGAUUUCGGCAACCGGGGCAAGAGCACAGGCAAUGCAGAUUGGUUGCCUAGUAGCAUCCUCGUAUGAGAAUUGACGGUCGCUCGUGGGGGUACAACUGAUAUUUCCAGUUUUUGUGGGGGCGGUUGUGUAAAUACUGCAAGUAUUUGGCAGGAUUUUAGACUGUCAAGGAAGAGAGAGGAGGGUAAACAGUAAAGAGAUAAAAGAAGACAACCGUUAAGAGUGAGAUGUUGACAGGUUAACGAAUCUUCAACAGCACUCACUUGUUUUUUUGUUUUUGUUACCUUAGUAUUUGUUAAUUCCUUUUUCUCUUUUCUAGCAUAUAAAUGUUUAGUAUUAUUAAAUUGUUAUUAUUAUUAUUACAACAUGGAACUCAAUAGAUGAUGAUGAUGAUCAAUAAAGAUGAGGGCAUUCCUCUGUUGACCCUGUUUUUUUUAUUUCAGUGGUGUUCUUGUC